CGUUGACCAAGACAGAUGAACGACGCGUCGCCGCUGCCGCUGGCCAAACCAAACCGCGUUUACGGCAAAACGAACCCACAAGAGCAGCAACAGCGAAAGCCUUUUCUUUCCUUCCUUCGCAUCGAAUCAAACCCCCAUCCAUCCCAAAAAGAGACCCCGCAAUCCCCAAUUUCACGCGCAGCGGAGAGGAGGGAGGGCAGUAGGAUUCGUCAGCGGCUCGCCGGCCCGGAAUCGCAGCCGCUGCUCGGAUCCAAGGAAACCAGUCGUCUUCUUGCUCCACCGCCCGCCCGCCCGCCGCCAUGAGCUUCAUCUUCGGCAAGAAGAAGACCCCAGCAGAGCUGCUGCGGGAGAACAAACGGAUGCUGGACAAGUCCAUCAGGGAGAUCGAGAGGGAGAGGCAGGGCCUCCAGGCCCAGGAGAAGAAGCUCAUCAACGAGAUCAAGAAGGUGGCCAAGCAGGGACAGAUGGGAGCUGUAAAAAUUAUGGCAAAGGACCUUAUCCGCACAAGACACCAAAUCACAAAAUUUUAUGCCCUCAAGUCCCAGCUACAAGGUGUAUCUCUUCGUAUUCAGACUCUGAAAUCAACACAAGCAAUGGGUGAAGCCAUGAAGGGUGUGACAAAAGCCAUGGGACAAAUGAACAGACAGAUGAACCUGCCUGCCCUGCAGAAGAUAAUGCGGGAGUUUGAGAUGCAAAAUGAGAAGAUGGAGAUGGUUAGUGAGGUGAUGAACGAUGCCAUCGAUGAUGCCUUGGAGGGUGACGAGGAGGAGGAAGAAACAGAGGAGCUUGUCAACCAAGUCCUUGAUGAAAUUGGCAUUGAUGUCAACUCAGAGCUUGUCAAGGCUCCAGCGACUGCAGUUGCAAAGCCAGUCGCAGCUGGGAAAGUUGCUGCACAAGCUGAAGCCGCAGGUGGGCCAGAUGGUGGCAUAGAUGAUGACCUACAGGCACGGCUUGACAACCUAAGGAAGAUGUGAUCACUGGAGCCUAACAAAGUUUAUCCACACGCUUUGUUUGUAGGUUUGUACCAUAAAAAUAUAGCCAUAUCAUGGCAAAUUCUUUUUCGUAUCUGAGUUGCAGAGUGUUUGGCAUUGCCCAUUGUACAUAGAAUAUAUAUCUAGCACCAUGCACUAGGCUGUGCGUUCUGUUCCAAAGUUCCAAUGCCAUCGGGUGCAUUUUGGUCAUUAUUCAGUUGUUGUGAGGCUCUACAGAUAAUACUGACAAAUGACAAUGCUGUGCUCGACUUACAUGGGGAGCGAUGAAUUUGGAUUGAAUUUUCCAAAUUCAUUGCCAAAGCUACAUUCUGCCCCUCUUUCA